AUGGUCGAGUAUAAAAAGUAAUUUAUUACGAAAUGGAAUUAGCGGAAUAUGGAGAACUUUUUAAUUUUUUAAAAUAUACUCCUAAAUUCGAAGAAUCUCUAGCCCUAUAUUUUUUCAAGCAAAUGGUUCAAUGUAUUGAUAAUUUACAUAAAUCCGGAGUAGCACAUCAAGACAUCAAACCAGAAAAUAUUUUAAUUGACAAAAAUUUCUAACCAAAACUUUGCGAUUUUGGUUUUUCUAUAUAGUUUAAUAAUACAUAAGAGUAAUUUUUUCAUGCUUAACCUAUAGGAUCUCCUGAAUAUAAUCCUCCGGAAAUAAACAAAUAUACAAAUUGUGAAUAUAAUCCUUAGUAAAUGGAUGUAUUUCAAUUAGGAUGUGUAUUGUUUAUGA